CCCCGGCCUUGCUACGCCUUAGUCUCACAUUAAAUUUUAACUCGGAACCGAAUUACGAAGUCCACGACGAACAUGACAAAUUCGAAAAGACACUGGUUCAAAAGGCCGGCUCUCCUCUCGCGUACCCGUCCGCCAACAGUCAAGCCAGCCCACGCAAGCCUAUCGUCAAAAGCAACUCGAAACCUCAUUCGCUCACAUCAUCGACUACUCAAAGCACGAACGCAGGCUUCGCAAACCGGCGAUGCAGCCUUGGUAGCCAAAAUCGAUGCCCAGAUACAAAGAAAUGGUGGUUUAGAAAGCUACCAAAUUGCGAGCAGACUAGGCCAGUCAUCGACUCGCGGUGGUGACUCGAGCAAACUUCUAGUUGACUGGCUAGCUUCUCGGUUACAGCCACUUGAUGGCAAAUCCUACAAGUAUCGUUUGCUCGAGGUUGGAGCCCUUAGCACUAAGAAUGCCUGCUCUAUGAAUCAAUCUCUUGAAGUUACUAGGAUCGAUCUCAAUUCACAGGAAGCAGGGAUUUUGAAGCAAGACUUUAUGGAAAGACCUCUUCCAGGAAGCGAGGGUGAACAAUUUCAUAUUAUCAGUCUUUCCCUAGUACUCAACUAUGUACCAGACGCAGUGGUUAGGGGUGAAAUGUUAAAACGCUGUUCAUCUUUUUUAACCAAAUCGCCACCACCCGGUCUUUCUCAACGUGCAUGUCCUUGCUUGUUUCUCGUUUUGCCAGCCGCCUGCGUCUAUAAUUCUCGCUACCUCACAGAAUCCCGGCUACAAGACAUCUUAUCAAGCAUGGGAUUUGUUCUGGCACGCAGCAAAAAGUCCCACAAACUUAUAUAUCAGCUUUGGGACUAUACUGGAGAUUCCAACCCCAGGCCAUUCGCCAAGGAACUCUUGAAUCCUGGGAAAGUUAGGAAUAACUUCGCUAUAAUCGUCCAAUGACACGAACGCGUCACAUGCAUUAGCCAUGAAGGAUGAAGCAAUUAGUGCUCGGAUCUUCGGAAUGCGGAAAUGCUUUCCUGCGGCAUAAAGGACCAAGUGGUUCCAAUGAGCGCUAAUAUCGAUGAUAUUACCAGCACAAACCAGUUCAAAAGCCUCUCCCGUGGGCUAAUAUCUUUGCCGAAAAUCUUCAGAUGAAAUGCAAGUGGCAGUAUAAUGCAUAUUGUGAAGCACAGAGCCGAACCCAUGAGCGCCAUAAUUCUGUCGAAUGACGGGAAGAGAACUGCCAUAAACACAAUAAAGACCACAACCGCUAUACGUAUUGCAGCUUUUAGAGCGUUGCGCAAUACAGAACCUAUGGUUCCUUGUUGGAUCGAUGGCCUUUCGGGACGUGAGA